CAAGCUACGAGACCGAGCAAAACGCUGUCGUGAGGAAUUAUCUGUUUGCUUAGGGCUGCUUGGGUUCGCGGAGCAGUAAGCCAUCUUUCAUAACUACGUUCAUCUUGGAUAACUGGUGUCUCGAGAAUACUAUACCUCAGCUUGGUACUUCACCGGGUACUAACUUCGAACGUCCGCUCUUGCCGAUCUACCUAGGCUCCAGCAACGAAAGAUUGGCAUGGACAUCCUAGCCAUGUCACAUAACCAGCAUUCGGUUGUGCAGGAGGCCCUGUCACGCUUCGAGUCACGGUUUGAUGCACUCGAGUCCAUCCUCUCUACUGCGACUACCCCAAGCAACGCGUUGGAGAUCAAAUCAGCGGCCCAUCUUGGUACCGUUGACUCGAUCAACUCGCCGACCAGGUUCCAGGCAUCACUUCGGCAGCCGUGUACACGAUACUGCCAAUGUCGAUGUCACAAGGCUUCAGCCCUGCGUUCCCCCCCAUGGGUGCGAGAUUUGGUAGGCUCCCUGCUAGUACAGUGCAGUGUGCCUGUUUGGUCUCAGAAGCGCUGCGACUUGCCAACGUGCCGGUGGCAAUCUGGUACCUCAAUUCGACUGGUCUACUCUUUCCCAGAGUGGCUCCUCCGCCGUGCGGUUUUCCUCUCUGCCUGCUGGGGCUCGUUGACCAACGUGGGAGUUUCGCUGCAUCUGAGUGUUCCGAGAAUUUGGGAACCGGAAGGGAUUAUCCGCGCCAUCAAUGAAGGCUACUCGGACUAUGUAAGGGAAAAGGUUGCGUCGCGAGAACUCUUGCCGACCGACGUCACCGUAUACGAUGUCGGCUAUCUUGCUUACCUCGUAGGCAAGGCCGACACAGAAGAUCAUUUCCGUUUCGCAGAGCUUUUCCUGGAUGUGGGUUUCAGUGCCCUGUUUGUUGACCCUGCUGGCGAGUCCCCAGCAGUUGUAGCCAGGAGGAGACUGAUCCGGGGUGCUGCCAGACAAAAGAUAACACCCGAAGCUUGCCGUAUUCUUCAACGGAUGGCCCAAGAAGACAGUGACUAUUUGGACCUGUCGACUUUAAUCAGGGACUCGGUCCUCAACGUUAGCAAUUUCACACUCCAAGACGCACUGGCAAUGGAACCAAGCCACAUUGGCACCAUCGACUACGCCGGGUACUCACCACUGCAUUGGGCAGCACGGCUUGGCUACUCGGACAAAGUCGAGCUGCUAGUAUUGAGUGGCGCGGCAGUGGAUCUUCCAACGAGACCCAUGGGAUAUACAGCGCUGCAUAUGCCUAGUUGGACCAACAACCUCCGUUUGGUGUCCUUCCUGGUCAAAAACGGCGCUAACAUAGAGGCAAGGGCUUCUGACGGCUGCACACCUCUGCAUUACUGCCCUACUGCCGAGUGCGCACGCAUUCUCCUGGCUGCUGGUGCAAAGGUUGAUGCACUCUGCCGAUAUGGAAGUAGCGCUCUCCACCAUCUUGUGUUUGUCUACUCUCGUACCGAAAGCCGCUGUGGUCCUACCCUCGCAGCGAGAUCAGAGCUGGUCGCGUCAGGGGCGGAUUGCAAUCACAAAAACAUCUUUGGGCUUUCGCCCUUCCUCCUCGCCGCUGAGACUGGACAGGUCGCUACACUUCAGCAUCUCUACUCGCUCGGAGCGGCCACUAAUGCCACCAACAUCGAGAUGGAGAGCGUGCUCGAUUUCACAUGCGCCUACUACGGGUUCCAGCAAACGGAAGCGUUACGUAAAAUGGGUAUCUGUAGAAUCGACCCAGAUAGGUCCUUGCCGCCAGGACUUUCAACCAUACGACGCUUCGAGUACAGGAUGCUCGGCUGGCGUUGGCAGCCCGGGCAACGCAGCCCAACACGGGCCGACGUCUUCAGCUUCUAUGCGCUUGUGUCCGAGAUAAGACGGAGAAAUUGGGAGUCGGGCCUUUUUCUGUACUCAAAGACAAGAUUGGAGACAAAUGGAGGGAUCGAACGGCUGCGAAGGUGGCUCGGCUGGCAGUGGCAGAAAAUGCAUGACGAUGACAGUUUUGCUCAACAAAUCUGGGACCCUGGUUGCGACAAAAUUCCACGUGUAUUUGAUGGAUACGACGAUGAUAUGAACGACUAUGACAUGUCUACCAUCUUUGGCAAGGAGAAUGACGACGGUCUCAUAACACAUAGCCCGGAGCAGGUGUCAGAGCGAACGUCACUUGGGGAGUGGAUGAAGAGAUGGACGAAUUUUUUGAUGCAAGAUCUUAGCCGACUUUGGUCGAUUAUGUUGCUCCUUUUGCUUUUCUUUUCGCGUGGUUUGAGCUAGAGCUGUUCAGACACGGUUUUGCCAAUGCUGGUUACAAACGAGGGCUCGGAAUCGUCAUGUGCCGGAGGGGACAGAGGAAGUUGGAGAGUUUCCACGUGGUAGCUUGACAGGGCUACUGAGCAGGAAGGAAAAGGAGGAAAUCAGGGCCAACGUACAGGCUAGAAAUAGGGGCGUGUGGCUAGCUGAGGUGAGCAGUGUUGGCCGGGCAACCCCAUGGCCUGACAACUUGCCCUGAGCCCCUGACAGCGGGCUAGCAAGCCGUUCUGGUCCUGCCAGCUGCUCUGUCAAUGUGUGAAAGCUCACUUCCGCAAUUGGUGCAUAAGCAUCGAGAGCGACUUAGGGGGCUUAUUUACUCACUUGAGGGAAUGACUGAGCAACUAAGGUGACUACUGGAAUGACCAUCACGACUACUUACCUACCUAGCUAUAUAUCAACAACGCAUAAUCUUCCCGCAAAAUCAAUGCCUAGCUAU